AUCAUAUAAUUACAUAUAUUUGUAAAACUCACUGUACAUGUCAUUUUCAUUUCUUUAAUCAUCGAUUAAAAAUCCGUUGUUAAAAAUAUCCAAGAUAUGAGAUUUGGUUUAACCAAAGGUUCGGAAAAAAGGUCGAUAAGAAGUCAAUUCGAAGUUAGGGAAAAGAAGCUUAAAAGCCGGUACUUCAUUGUGAGUCCAAUUACGAAAACAAUGCAGAAAAUUAAAAGCAUAGUGUUAAUUAAGACAAGAUCACGACGUCGUUUUGUCACGAUCGGCAGGCCCGAGCGCAAUAUGUAAAGCGAGGAAGAAGAACGAUCCAAUUUGGAGAAACUACCCGUUAUGCAAUCGAUAUUACGAUGCUUCGACAUCAUAUGAGAUAAUACUGCGAGAAAGCGACGUCAAACUGUACCUUCCUAGAUCGUCGAAGUAGAAAUUGCAAUGUAUCUAUUCGGCUCUUAAUGUCUUGGAUGAUAAUCGAAGCAACAGUUGGUUACGAUCACUCUGGGAAUAAUUUUCAACUGCAACCAUUUUCGUAUAGCGAACAGUACGAUAGGAACGCAACGUCUCGCGUAUAAAACGUCUAAUUAUGUAAAGACUGUAUAACCAAUUUUGCUUUCCUUAUUAGUUGCAUCGUUAUGUAAAAAUUCCAACGGAGGGACGCGCGGGAUGCAACUUACCUAUAGGAAACUACGAGAGUAAUGCAGGUUUUAUGAAUACGUAUAAAAGUAAAUCAACUUGCGUAACAACACCAUACAAUUCUUCUAUUUAAUCAAUUACAUUCUAUCGCUUGGAAAAUGAGAAGAGAUCGAUUUCUGUUAACGAAGGUGAAAAUCUGAAGGUAUCCGAAGAAGAGGAAGAACGAGCAAGAAUUUCAAGUAGUCGCGUUUACAUAUUUUUCAAAUUUAUAAUUGUGUAAUGUAAUAUUAAUGGGCAAACACAGAUUUUGUCCUGCUCCAUGUGUAUGGAUAUUGCUAGGUCUUAGAUUAUCUUUCCAUAAUAAGUUCGAGCGAAAGCUAUCUGUUUUAUAAAUACGGUACCUAAACGGUGUGAAUCGUUUGAGAGUGUUCAUCUGAGUUAAAGAAACGUUGAACAACGUUAAAAGACCGACUGACUCUCCCGUCAACACAAUUACGCGUUUCUUACUACCAUCUGAAAUAUUACAUAAUGCGAUUAUCUUUAGUUGUAUCACUGUCAUUGUCGCCGCAGGCGUUCGGUCGUUCGAUGACAUCGUUCCACUUGUUUUUUUCACUUUCACACCCGAAUAGUUCUGACCUUUCUAGUUUCCCACCUCUAUGACCACCCCACCAUUCCUGGUCCCAUUAAAUGCCACUUAUUCCACGAUUUUGAAAUCACUUCCCCGGAUGACCGUCUAGACGCGUACUAGUUAGUGGCAUCUUCCCCUAUGCAGAUGGUUGUAUGAAGUGGCGAAUAGGUUGUCGCGAAUCCCCAUCACGAGCUCGCAGGACAGAUCCGGUGAUUUCGAGAGCCGAGAGAACGAGGCUGCGUGGGAUUCGCGGAGCAAAUCGAACCUGCCCCACCUGGGAGGCGAGGCUUGCGAUUCUCGAAGCUCGAUUCUCGAUUCUCGAAGGGGCACACAUGCUCGCCUUCGUUCCCAUUCGGCCUGCUAAGACAUCGGGAUCUCCUUCACCGUGGUCCUCAAACGCGCCUCGCGCUCCGCCAGAACAAACGAAGCCGAGUAUCGAAAGAGGAGGAAGCAAAAUGAGGAUAACUUACGUGCUCUUUGGCCUCGCGUUGCUCGUUGCCUACGUGCACUCGAGCCCUAUCGUCAAAAGGGAAGCGGAAUCCGAGGAUCUGAAUCCAUUGAACGAGAUAUACAUCGUGGAGGCCGACGAUGAUCAGGCGGCGGAUGGAGACAGGACCGACAGGGAUAAGAGGAAAGUCGGCGUCAUCAAGCUGGGCGUGUCUAAUGGGAUAAUCAAUUUCGUUUUCGGCAAGCUGGAUUCCUUCAUCGAUGCGAAAACUAAAGCGCUGGGUACGUUGGAUGAGGCGAAUAAAGUAAAGAACGCUGCGUAUGGCAUUGAUAACAAGUAUUCGGCUACCAGCAAGUUCAUCAGUGAUCUGGCCACUUCGAAACUGAAAGCAGCGAGCGAAAGCAUCGGACCGGUAAUAAACAGCGCGCAAACUUUCGUCUCUAGCUUCAAGCACGGACUGGCUGGUGUUAGCGCUUCGAAAUUGCAGCCGCUUGCUGCUCUCGCCGGUGGCUUGUCCUCUCAUUCGUCGUCCGGUUCGCAUGAACACGGCGGAGGCGAAGGAAACGGAGACUCGUCAAACGCGAUCACGAAUAUUGGAAACCUUUUGAUUAACAAGUUGAUCAGCUUGAGUCAGUUGAGUCAAAACAAAGACGACGGACCUUCCAGUCUUAGCGAGGGAAGCACCGGCUACGGAUCGUACGGACAUGUUAGCGACGGGUACGAAUACGAUCCACCGCAAGGGGCGUAUUAUACGGCUUAAAAAGCGGAUGCGGUGCAAACGAGGACGUUGGACCUUGGCCUUUGGACACGUCCAAAGAGAUCGUCGAUCAGCCACGCUUGAGAGAAGAUCCAUGACGCAACUAAACAUUCAUCUUAAAGCGCGAACAAAUAAAUAAAAGCAAUAAAAAGAAAGAGAAAAUAACGAGAGGAUUGUACGAACGUUAUAUAAACGAGCGUCUUUAAUUUUCGUAACUGUACGACGAUAUAUCUACGACAAUGGAUUUUUCUUUUUAGCACGGCCGAUAAAAUGCCAGGAUCACACAGGCGACGCAAGUAAUGUUCUAAUGUUAAGAAUGACACGCAAGAGAUCUCCCCUAUCUCGUCUGUCACAUCACUUCCGGGCUAAAGUUACCGAGAAGUUACCCAUGAAAUUGAUUCACCAUUGUGCGAUCUGUAAAUAAUUCUUUAGGUGUAUGUUGCCGUGGGACUGUCUCGUCCCAUGUACCUCAACGUUGUGCAAAUCAAUUGUAAAUAGAGUAUUUAACCGCUCUUUAAAUAUACAAUCUAACGGUGUACGUUUAUGAAUGCUAGAUGUUGAUAAUGAUGAUAAUUGUUUUUUUCAAUAAAAUCACGAUCAGGUUUUCUUCGUCUUUGAAUCGAGUACUUCAGUCUUUUACGAAUGCCAUCGACGUCCUGCAUCCUUUCCUAUCCUUCUCUGAAGAUCUUUAAGAGGAUCUCUAAGAAUCUUUAAAGUCGGUAUUAGAAGGAUUGCACGAUUUUAUCGUAGCAUCGUGAAGAGAUAGUUAAUUAUUGAUAUUUGUCAAAUAAUUGCGAACAUAUUGAACGCUCUAGCAGGCACCAAGAAGUUUGCCGGAAGAUUAGAUAAUUAUAUCGGAAUACCAACCUAUCGGACACGCCUAUUUUAAUUUUUUUCUUCUUAAUGCAUAGAGAAAUGAUUUACGUACACGUUGCUGCUAUUGCAUGAAAACACGACGC